CGGCGAUGAUGUCCAGAUGAGCGGAUCUGGUGGAUCGGAGAGAGUGCUCUCGCGAGACGAAUUCAUGCAGAUGGCAGCAGCUUCCACGGCGGCCAAAGCCAAGCGCGGUCGCCGUAGCGAACCGGUCGUUCCUCCGCCGAGCGAGCGCUGGGAGCGACGCCACCGUGCACAGAGCUUCAUCCAGGGCAAGGAGCUGGACGAGCUGGAGGUGGAGGUGGAGACUGGGCUCUACGAGAACGUGGACCUCUCCUACGGAAGCAGGAUGCCCGUACUACUCGCACACAUUUGCUUCAGUUUCCUCUGGUGGAGUGUGUUUGAUGCUCUGCUGCCCAUGCUGUGGUUCUUCCCGCUCUGUGCACUCCAGGUCAGCGGCUACGAACCCAUCUUCCUCCUCUGCUUCUCCCCCAUUCUCGCACUUUGGACUCCGAUACGACAGGCCCUGGCCACACCCCCUGCACUUCUAGUUCUACGACUGCUCACUCUGGUGGGCGUGGCUUCGUACCAGAGCCCCAAUGCCAUCACUCGUCUAGCUGUUCUUGCCGUCGGGAAUUUCUUUGCACUCCUGGCAUUUGUCAGUAUGUGGUGGAACCGCUCAAAACUAGACAGAGACCGCGCAAUACAUACUCACAUUCUCGGGUUUUUUCUCAUGCUCGCCGUCCGAGUAUGGUUCUCAUCUUUUAACCCCAUCUUCACCAACCUUCUCUACAACAACGUGGCAACCGGAGUGGGCGUGGUUUUAUCUCUCUACCUCUUCCUCCAAGAUUGGAGAACCCCCAUAAUAACGAGUACCGACCUACCCUCGGGGAAGAUUCAUCGGAACAAGGAGAGCGAUAAGUACCCGGGUUUGUUGGCCACGGGGCUGGGAUUUGGAGCUCUGAUGUUUCUGACUCUCAUGAUGUUUGGAGAUGUCUCUAUCGUGCCGAGAUGGGCCGUGGCUCCUUACCCAAACCGAGGACCCGAUCCUAACCCAUGGAGUUUCCUGGUGAUGCUAGGGCUGGUUCUGGGAGUGGUACUGAUGAGUCAUCGUUCAGAUAAACUCGGCGGACUUACCUGGCACGCCAUUGGCCUAGCCAGCGGUCUCGGUCUCUACUACCUCCAGUCUUACUUUGCCUUCUUCGAGGGCUGUCUCCUCUCCAUCUACACCGCCUCUCUCUGGCCACAUCUCUCUAAGAGACUAGUUCAUUAUCCUCCGGGAAAGGUUUUGUCACUGGCGAUCCUUACGUGGGUGCUAUUGUGUAUCACAUCCGUGUGGAUAGUGGCGUAUAACUUUGUUCCCGGAGGAACUGUGACGAGGGAGAGAACGGAUGUGCUUAUAGCGGUGAUGGUGUUUCUCGUUGCUUUGGCUUCGAGGGAUUGUGAGAUGGGGGAGGAGGGGAGGAGGGAGGAGAAGGGUGGAGUGAGGGAAGGGGGAGAGGGGGAGAAAGUUGGCGGUGGAGGAAAAGAGAGGGAGGGGCUGAGACAGAGAGUUGUUGGCAAGCUCCCUCCAAUCUCCGAGGAAGAGGAGGAAGAGGAAGAAGGGAUGGAUUUCGAAGUAGACUCUACCGGUUCCUCAGUUCACGAAGAGAGAGCUCUGGAACUGCUGGCGACUGAGGAGAAAGAGUGUCUCAGAUUCAGACACAGAGCCAACAGAGUUGCGAUUGGUAUACUGCUGUUAGCUCUGCUGGGAUUUGCCUAUCGCUACCACCCAAUCUCACCCACCAGACAAACAGAGCACCCCACAAUGUUCAGUGCCGGUAUAUGGGCCUUUCAUUUUGGCUAUGACAACGACGCCAAACCCAGCAUGGAGAGAGCUGCACAGUUCAUCAAUAACUCAGGAGUUGAUGUGAUUGGUCUAAUGGAGACGGAUGCAGCUCGCCCAUACAUUGGUAACCAUGACCUGGGCAGCUGGCUCUCUGAGAGACUGGAUGUGUACGUUGACUAUGGCCCUGGAACAGACACACACACAUGGGGGUAAGUAGAACCAACUCCUAUUCGUUUAUAUCCUGAUUUUGAUGCUCAUUGUCUGAUUUUUCUUAACUAUAGGGCCAUGGUGCUUUCGAAGUUUCCUAUUGUCAGAUCAGAGCACCAUCUACUGCCCUCGCCUCAUGGUGAGGUGGCACCUGGUCUAGUAGUGACGGUGAACGUGUCGGGCACUCUGGUGGACUUUUUCUGUGUCCACUUUGGAAAUGAUGAAGACGAGCUGGACAGGAAACUGCAGGCAGACUACACAGCAGAGGUGUUGGCGACCGCCCGGAAUCCUGUGGUGCUCAUCUCCUACCUCACCAAUAAGCCUCAUGGAGAUGGCUACAAGACCAUCACUGGUAGAGGAAUGGUGAAGGAUAUUGAUUCAACGGAUCGGAAGAGGUGGUGUGAAUACAUCAUGUACAGAGGUCUCAUCAAGUUGGGAUAUGCGAGGAUAUCCCACGGAGGACUCACAGACACUGAGCUACAGGUGGGGAAGUUCAGACUACCAGAGUAUAGCGGAGAACCAGACAACGACAAACUCACAUACAGCCCCGAGGAUGUCCCUACAUGGACUCACUUCCCGGCCUUGUUUGGUGGACGCUACCGGAGUCAUUAUGGCAAUGAAAGUGAACACCACUACCACAUGGACACCCCAAAGUAUUUCACCCCAUCCUAAUGUAGUUUUGGCACCACUCUAAUUCAUCAUGCAUUUACUGCCGACUGACAAAUCAUCAACAGGCCACGUAUACUUGCUUGUUGUUUUGAGGA